GCGGUAAGAGGCAGCGUUCCGGGCGCGGACGAGGGCCGGGUGUGCGCCGGGCCGGAGGGCGCCAGUUGCGCUGCGGUGCACGGCGGCGGGGUAGACCUGUUGCCCACCCGCUUGCCUGCUCGGCGCUCCGCGGGCCGGCCGGGGCGCGGCGGCGGGGCUGGCGCUGAAGGCGUGUUUCCUGUCCCCCCCAGAGAGGCGGCCGAGCUAUGGAGGCGUUCCCGUCCCCGCUGGAGUCCGCUAAGUUUAUCGCCGCCAACAGCAAAGAUGUCUCCGUGGAAGAGGAGGGGUCUGAAGGAACGCCUAUUACCAGUGCAUCGUAUUUUGCCACAAUGACGCUCGACCAAGUGAGGCACGUGUUUCGCUCUGACACCGAAGUGCCCAUACCUUUGCUUGAAGAGAGACAUCGGGUGCUGAAUGAAAGCGGAACAGUUCUGUUAGAGAAGUUUGGAGGCUCUUUCCUCACCUGUGUUAAAAUGAGUGAGAGAAGUGCUCAGAAACUACUACGCCUGGUACUGGAAAACUUUCCUUCUUACAGAGAUGAAGCUGUAUUUGAGAAAAAAAAGGUGUCUUUCUACAAACGGGCACAAAUACUUGUGGCUGAUACAUGGAGCGUAUUAGAAGGCAAAGGGGAUGGCUUUUUUGAUGACAUUUCUAGUCUGACUAUAUUUGCUGACUACAGAAUUCCUCAAGUUCUUGUUCACUUAAAAGCAAUGAAGUAUUCUGAAGAACUAAUGAAGAAACUACGCGAAGGGACGGUUUUCCAGUCGGGGGACCGGGAGGAGGUGGAGAUCCGCGGCUGUUCCAUCUGGUGCUGCGCGCUGAUCUGUAAGCACCUGCUGGAGCUCUACGAGAAGAAGGGUCAGGACAUGCGGGAGAAGAUCAACGCGGUCUUGCUGGAUUACUACCUGUGGGACUAUGCCAGGGAGCACCGGGCGGAGAUGAAGGACAUCCCGUUCCACCGCGUGCGGUGCAUAUAUUACUAACCCGCCCGCCCUCCUACUCCUGCUUCGUCUUUGCAACUGUUCUUUUCAUGCGGGACGCACGGUGUGAGCUUUGCCGCCCGCCCCCGCCUUGACACCCGCUUUUUCGCUCGCUCCCGCUCUGGUGUCGCCUCGCUGCCCUACCCGUUGAUGACGUCAAAUAAACAGUGCAGUGACGUACCUCGCA